UAUCAGUGUGGGACAUUAAUCCAGCCCCAGUUCAGGCGCGCAUCAAGUCCAGCACACAGCAAGGGAUCUUUUUUGUUGUUGUUGUUGUUGAAAAAACAACCUACACACCUUAGAGACAAUGCAUCUGUCUCAUAUUGUGCUGUAUGUUUGCUUGCUGAUUGCUUUGGGUCCAGUUGUUCUGAGUGACCAAGAGACGCACCAGCAGCCCUCCGCCACCAGCCCUGGAGACACGGAGCAGUGCGCUACCUGCGAGGUCCGGCAGCAGAUUAAAACCAUGCGAUUAAACGCGAUCAAAUCUCAAAUUCUGAGCAAACUGCGAAUGAAGGAGGCUCCCAAUAUCAGCAGAGACAUAGUGAAGCAGCUCCUGCCCAAAGCGCCGCCGCUGCAGCAGCUACUCGACCAGUACGACGUGCUGGGCGAUGACAACAAGGAUGUGGUUAUGGAGGAGGACGAUGAGCACGCUACCACGGAGACAAUAAUGAUGAUGGCCACUGAACCCGAGUCCAUCGUUCAGGUGAACGAAGAACCAAAAUGCUGCUUUUUCUCUCUUACUCAAAAGUUUCAAGCCAAUCGCAUCGUCCGGGCGCAGCUCUGGGUGCAUCUGCGCCCGGCGGGCGAGGCGACCACCGUGUUCUUGCAAAUCUCCCGCCUGAUGCCGGUCACAGAUGGGAACAGGCACAUACGAAUCCGCUCCCUGAAGAUCGACGUUAACGCCGGGGUCGGCUCUUGGCAAAGUAUAGACGUCAAACAAGUGUUGAGCGUGUGGCUGCGGCAGCCGGAGACCAACUGGGGCAUCGAGAUUAACGCCUUCGAUUCAAGGGGAAAUGACUUAGCCGUGACCUCCGCAGAGCCAGGAGAGGAAGGACUGCAACCGUUCAUGGAGGUGAAGAUCUCAGAGGGCCCCAAACGUGCCAGGAGAGACUCAGGCCUGGACUGCGACGAGAACUCUCCAGAGUCCCGGUGCUGCCGCUAUCCACUCACAGUGGACUUUGAAGACUUUGGCUGGGACUGGAUUAUUGCCCCAAAGCGCUACAAGGCCAACUAUUGCUCCGGGGAGUGUGAGUACAUGCACCUGCAGAAGUACCCGCACACCCACCUGGUGAACAAGGCCAACCCCAGAGGGACUGCAGGUCCCUGCUGUACCCCCACCAAGAUGUCACCCAUCAACAUGCUCUACUUUAACCGCAAAGAGCAAAUCAUCUACGGCAAGAUCCCGUCCAUGGUGGUGGAUCGCUGUGGAUGCUCUUGAGUUGGAAACGGUGGCCCUGACAAGAGAGAGAGAGAGUGAGAGAGAGAGAGAGAGAGAGAGAGAGAGAGAGAGAGAGAGAGAGAGAGAAGGAUGGAGGGGCUGAGGCUCAGUCCGGCCCCCAACUUCAGACUAUUUGACACAACCAAUCCACCAGUUCCAGUGCUUUCCUGCAGAACACGGUGCAAUAGAACCAGAGUAGAGGCCACAAGCAGCCUGACCUCCACACAGGGCAGCGCUUUCACUAUCGGCAUAGCUCUCACUUUUCUUUCCUCCAGUAAAAUCUUAGCCAUAGAGGCUUGAAGCCAGACAGAUGCAGGAACACAACUAUGUGCACACACACACACGAAAACACACACACACACACACACACACACAUACACACAUGCUGGACCUUUGAGUGAAUGUAGACAGAAACAAUCAAAAUUAUCCGAAAACAUCUUCUUUUUUUUCCUCUCAGUGCUCUGUCCAUUUAUACAAACGUGCCGCCUGAUUAUACUCGUACACCAUCUACUCCACUACACUCCACUCGUAGCCAACAUACAAGCUAUUACACUUUUUUUUUUUUUGCAAAGCUCUGUGUUUGUGAUAAUCAUUUUUGAGUUAUGUUUUCAGAGUGAAACCAGGAAUCCUCAAGGACUUUUUGAAAGGGCUUUGGGGGAAAAAAAAACACAGCUGGAGACUCUUUAGAGUGAUAUUUCACACUGGUAGAACACAUUUUUAGAACAUGAAUGUUUAUAGGAGUCAAUAAAAACGCUGAAAUUUGACAGUAUGAUAAAAACAAUUAGUCAUCCCUAAUACUUCACUGCCCAUUCACAACUGCAACAUUUCAGUUUUGAUGAUGUUGUUUUGCAUUAACAAUGUAAAACACUUGGGAAUAACAUCCUAAGUGAUCAAGCACUCCUGAGAUACGCAAAAAAAUGUUCCACCAGGGUGAAGUAGCACGACAGGUCUUGACAGAUCUUCAUGUACUCUGCCAUACAUACAACGCAGCAACAGAAGCGACUGACGGGCGUCCUUGCUCGGUCGUAAUCAUCACUAUCCUUCGAAACAGCCUGACCUGCCCGAUACACUUGAAUUAUUCUGAUUGUAAAUUCACAUUACUGGACAGAAGGACUUGAACUGAAGGCACAGUGAAUGCAGCCUACAAAUGAAAAUGUGUUUAAGACAGAAAAGGAAUUGUCGAGAUGUAUGAAUGUUGACAUCGUGCUUUAACUCUGUCUUACAAACAACACAGUUUGCACUAUGGCACACCAAUAGAAAGAAUUGGUUGCUACAAAAGUUGUAAAAACUGAUUUUGAUAUGUUUGCUAAUUUGUAUUGUAUACAUAUGCCAUUGUUUCCAUUAGGAGUUGCCUUUCUAAACCACUGUUGGUAAAUGUAUAUAACCACAAUCUAGCAAGAUAAAAGAUGUAAUACAGCAACUCUAUAUACUUGUUUUAACAAAUAAAGUUUCUAGCUUGUUU